AUGGUACCGCCAUCUUCAACUACUGCAAAAUCAAUUAAUCCUGAGCCGAGACCUUCAACUCCUUCUGAGCCUGAAUCCAGUGAACCUCGACAUCCUUGGUUCCGAUUUUUCUUGAAUUCAAAAGAUAAAUCACCUCGAAAGCCUAAAAUCAACACUCCAGACUCAUCUGCGGAUCUCAUCAACACACCAUCGACGAGCAGGAAGAAAGUAGGCUGGUCAGAAAAGUACGAUUACAAAGAUCCUCCUAGAAUUAUCACCGAUCGAAAGACACUAUCUGCACAAGCUCUAUCGCCUUUGACACCAUCAGCGGAGCGAAAAGCGACGAAAUCAAUACUGAAGACACACCAUGUUCCUGACCCUACACAAAAUAUUGUGCCUUCCAAAGGCGACGACACGACAUUAACCUCAAAACCUUUGAUGGUCGAUGCUAGAAUGUUGGAAUCAAUAUCGAAACAAUUAGCUGGGAAAGACAGGGGAUCGAAGCUAGAUGCAUACACGACCUUAUCGGGCGCCUUAAAGGCUUGCGACAAUGUUCCGGACCGAAAGGCUUUAUCGGACAAGAUGGAUUUGAUACUUCAAUUCAUGAAGCGGGACUUAAAUGCCAAGCUUGAAACUGGAGCUCUUGAUACCCAACUUGCGAAAGAGGCUUUAGUACUUAUGUCUAGCUUUCUCUAUAAGAAGUCAAUCGCAGAUAUGUUGACCCCCGAAUUCAAUGGCUAUAUUGUGGACUACGCCUUGAAGACUUUUGAGAAUCCUGGAAUGUCGAAGGAGGUUGUCAGACAUCUGAUGUUUAUAAUUGCACAGCAAAAGUUCUCGGCAAGGAUCAUGACAGCUGAUAGGGUUACAAAGCUGAUAUCUGCGAUUCAUAACAUCGAGGAUUAUGUGCGAGGCAAAAGCAUCGUAGAACAGCGCAUCAACAUCUACCGAACUUUUCUUAGGCAAUCCAGAGCUCAUAUGAUUUCUAAUUCAGACUGGCUUGGGGAUCUCUUCAGCGAUAUGCUCAACAGCUAUUCAAAUAUACAGACUGCUGCUAUUGCGUUUGGUGAAGAGGCUGGCCUUGAACUCGGGACGGAGAGCAAAAUAUCCUCAAAAGUCACAGAGAUCUUCAAAGGGUCGGAUGGAAAGGAUGUCAAGUAUGUUGACUUUUUUGCCGAGAGACUGCGAAUUAUGGCAAAGAAACCUUCAAGCUCUACACCACGUAUAUGGGCGGCCGUCAUAUUAUUUCUCCGUGCUCGACCUAAACAGCUAGAGCACUGGGCCUUUAUCAAGACAUGGCUCGACGUAAUCAAAGUCUGCUUCAAUUCCAGUGACCAAAACACAAAAUUAGCGGCAAAUCUGGCAUGGAAUCGCAUGAUUUUUGUGAUAACUCUAGAGGAAAAGGUCUCGUUUAGUAUGAUUAACACACUUAGCCAACCCUUGAUCUUACAACUUCCAAGAAAAGAUGUUCGUAAAAUCUCAAACUCCGACAAUCUGCAUCGCAAGUCAACUCUGAGCAGUAUAUGCAAUUUAUUUUAUUACUCGGUGAAGCCAAAUACAACCCAAGCCCAGCUUGAUACAUUUUGGGAUACAUAUAUAAUUCAGAUCGUUCGAGACAAACUCAUUCCCACUGACUUCGUGGAAAAUCCUGCGUUGGCCAAGCAAGAUCUGGGUGACGCGUGCAAUAUCCUUUGUGGUUUGUUCAACGCUCAUACCCAACGGCCGUGGAUACCAACCAGGGCUCUGAAUGAUAAUGCUGUCACACCUCGAGAGCUUCCAGGAUUUGAUCCGCGAUGGCUACGUAAAAGCGCAUCUCGAGUCUUCUCUGUUCUGAGUCCACUUAUGGAGCUGCUUUUUUGGGAGCUUGCUCUCCCUAAAAGCAGAAUAUCACUUCUUUGGGAAACUUACAUUUUCUCAAUCUCAUCCGCAGCGGCAAAAGAGGUCAAGACCUCGAAUGAUACCAUGUCAUGCCUUGCUUUUCUUUUCAGCACAUUGUACAAAAUUUGGCAAAAAGGACCAGAUGGCUUGCAUACAUUGACAUCUCAUCGCAAAAACGAAGCAAACUUUUUGGCUAACUUUCAAGUGAUUGUAACUACUGCUAUAAGUGGUUUGGGGGUAUUACCAUUUACCGAAAGGCUUCUAUCCAUGGGGCAACAAGAUGAUUUCAUUGUCGUUGCGACCCCUUCACAUCGACCCGGAAAAACAAAAGGCGACAUUAGAUCACCACUUCAUCAUCUAUUGCUUCUAAUUUCUAGCCCUCCUCUCGGCUUUAAGCAUGGUUUAAAAUUCUCAGAAAUGGCCGAAGCGAUACUUAUGCCUUUUUUCGAAACUCGACGUUCGAGUAAGGGUAAAAUGGAUUUGGUCAAGGACCUUCUAGAAAUUCUUCCUACGGAUGUUAAUGAGUCGUGCGGAGCUCUUUGGUCAAUUCUUGCAAAACUUGCUACAGCAGCAAUAAAUUUUCGAGACGACGUUGUCGUGACCAGCACCAUUCAUGAUUCCCGUCCCCUUGGCGCCGAAUAUCGCAGUGUUGCAAGAAUUCUCGACGUCGGGAUUGACCUAUCACCAAAGGAGCCUUUGAAAGGAUGGGAAGAUCUUUUUCAAGCUUUGGUAACAUCUGCGACCACUGACUCGGGGCACGGAGGCAGAGCCAUCGUUGUUAUUGAGCCAAUAGCCAAGGCUUUGGCCUCAAAUUGGCGAUCGGAUGACGAUUAUUGUGGUAAUAAAGUAGUAUACUGCCAAAUCCUAGUCAAAGAAGCAUCAUAUCCGAAAGACCGACAAGCCUUGGAUGCAGCUCGGAGGCGUCUUUGGGGAAGUGCAACUGCUGGUCCAAAAAUCCACAUCUUCGAUCCGUAUUUCCAACUAUACCAAUAUAUUUCUCGGUGCUUGAGAUGUUCAUAUACGGAGCUUUCAUCUAAUGAUCAUAUCACCAUAUGUGGUCUUCUUGGUGAGGUUGAAGCGCUUUUAGUACGAUGUCCAAAAGUUUUGUUUGGCGAAACUUUGACUCAACUUCAAAAUGGGAUUAUUUGCUGGAUAAGCGACGAAGAAGCAAAACUGCAUGGUGGAAGUGAUUUAUCCCGAUCCGUUAAUUCUCUCUGGAAUAAAAUCUGUUCAUUGUUGAGUUCUACUGAUCUAUCAAAAAAUUUGAACAAUCUUGAACCAUUAUUGUGCGCUGGCUUAGGAAGCAAGCGUGUGUAUAUUGCAAACUCAGCCAUAGAAAUGUGGAAGGAUGCAUUUGGUUCUUUCAAGGGUGACUUGCAGUAUCCUCCCAUGGUAAAAGAAGUCUUGUCUAGGGUCCUCCCGAUGACGGACCUCUCCCUUGCAUCAUUAUCCGAGAGCUCCGAAAACCAAAUAUCAAACAAUCAUCGUCAACUUCUCGAUAUCCUUGAUACACAGACAGACAUCAACAUUUUUAAUGAAGUCAAUCUACCAAAAAUUUCGAACAAAGCUCCUUCUUCCAUUGUGAUUCAAGCACACAAACAAAAAUCGAUAAAUUCAUCUCCACGAGUUAUUGAAGUCAACAAGGCGGGAUCUCGAAAGAGGUCUCGUGAGACAACCCCGGAACCUGGGAAGAGGAAGUCAAGAAAGAAGGGUUUCGUUGCUAAAUUACGACAUGACGACUCCCAAAUUCAGUUCGAGGCGAUUGCUGGCUCCUCUCCCUUUUCGGAGACAACGUAUGACUCACAACUUUUGACCGAACGGCAGAAAGAGGUUAGAGAAAGACAAGCUGAAGAAGCAGCCAUGUUCUCAGAUAUCAGGUCUAGCCCUCACCUGAGCUCAAAGCUAACUCCCAAACAUGUCGAUAAUGACAUUGAACUACCUUCCCGUCACUCUGCUUCAAAGUUACUCUUAGAAACGCCAGCCAGUAGUGAAAGGCAGAGCACACCUGAUACUAAGAUUGUCGAAAAUCAGGAUAUGUUCCUAACAUCAUCGCCGACUCCAGCACGCCAUGUACUUUCAUCAAAAGAUGUCUCUCGCUCUCCUUCUUCGCCAGCUAUAAUGGUUGAUUCACAAAAGCGUCAGAUCCAAUUACCUAGAGAUAGUGAUAUGGCAAUCACGUCCUCCCCACCCGAAGCUAAGACAAGGAACAAUGUGCCGCGAGACGCUGUGAAUAUAGGCCAGAAUGACUUUGAGCAAUCGCCUUUACCGUCAUAUCAAUCAAUUUACCAAAGUACUUCGAUGCUCCCCACUUCUUCCGACGAAUUCAAUGUCACCUCGUUUCCUAAUAAUUUUCCGGAUGAGAUUAACAACAAUGUGACCACCAAUCGCUCAUUAGAUGCUCCUACACAAGUCGAUCCAUAUGAUUUUGAUUUGGGCCAAACCAUGUCUACGUACAGAAGUUCGCCUAGAGAUUCAGAUCUGGAUGAAGAUAUGGACGCAACUGUUGAACUUACUAGUAGCGAAGAGCAGGCUAGGGAUGAAGAGCUUCAGCAAAUAUUUGCUGACCAUAAAACUAGCAAAGCUUGGAGUGUCCAAGUUGCUGAGACCUUUAUGGAUCCAGUUAAAAACGAGAGGGCAAUCCUACCAUCCACCCCAAGACGAAGCCGACGUGGUGCAGCAGCGAUGCUGCCAGCUCCAAGCAGCUCCAAAGGCUAUGAUCUUGAUGCUAGGCCAAGUGUAACACAUUCGGACAGACCCACAAAUGACGAGGAGAUUUUCGAAGAUGCUACAUCGUCUCCACGAGGACUGCCACCCAGGAUACAAGAGUUGUCAAUGACAAACACUAUGCUUAACAACAGUUCUUCUCCUCUGAGCGAUAUUGACGAAUCUAGCUUUAUCAAACUCGCAAAAUCAGUGGAUCGGGCGUUAGCUGAGAACCAAGGUGGAGUUCUUCGUCAAACUCACGCAUCUGCAGAAUUAGCUACUGUCUCUGUUCAUGCCGAGCCCAUUCGCAAAAUUCCGAGCCCAAACCGUCGGUCUCCAAUACGUCCUGUGUCUCAAUCAUCGGCUAUUCAAUCUGUCAUUCUUGAGACUCCGGCACCACAGCUUUUAAACAGGAAUGGAAAAGAGAACGCGUUACAUGGAUCCGUGGCUGAUGACUCUGACUCCGGCUCUAUUACUAGUGCAGCACCUCAUGCAGGGCAGCAGCAGGCGCGUCCAACCAAUACGAUCAAGAGUCCAAAGAGAUUCAAUAAGAAGAAUACGCCAAACAAGUUCAAGGUUGAGGAUAAAACUAGAGGCGAUGGUGAUGGUGAUACGCCAGCGAAGAAGCGAAAAUUCGACGAGACCCUUGAAGUUGGCAGUGCGGUGGUUGGCAGUCAAGAGGCAUCUCGAAAUGCUUUAUCAGUGCCACCAAUAAAGAAGAGAAAGGGUCGUCCCGCGAAGACACCAGAGCCUGUUGCAACACAAAGUAUUUCCGAAGCCCAAUCUGCUCAGUCUCAACGAUCUGGACGAGCCACUCGGAGAAAUACACGAUCGUCAAGGGCUAAGACUAUUCUUGAAAACAAUUCAAGCAUGAGUGUAUCGAGAGAAUUCAGUUCUGUCCCAGAUAUCACUGAGACCGGUUCGUCGGUAAUCGCCAACGACCGCCCUACUAUGCCAGUUUCUAGUACUGAAGCUGUUGAUGGUAUCACUCGCAAUGAUUCAGAGCAUGCGGGAAAAAUUAGUCCAGUACUUGAGCAAUUCGAUGAACCGGAGCUAGAUUUUGUGGAGGAAACUUUACUACAAUCGCAAAUAGCUGAGGAGAUGGAGUUCGGAUCACAGAAAGCCAACGAUGAUCAACAGGCGGAAAUAGUCGAGCCUGCUACAGCCGCUCCCACAUAUCAAACUAUCAAGGAGAGGCUACUGAGCUUAGUUAGGGAUCUUGGCGAUGCUGCUCUGAAUCGAGAGGAAGGAAAUGAAGUAGAAGAUAUAUUUAUGGAUGCAAAAGUCCAAUUGUAUGGAGCAAUCAGGCGAGGAAGACAAUCGGCUGAUGAUUGA